AGGUAAAUAAUUUAUAUGACAUAAAUGUGAGAGCAGUCUGGGGUUCAGUGACAUCAGGUGGCGGUGCAACUGAUUUGAAUGAAACACUUGCAGCAAUGGAUGUCCCGCAAAUGUCUGAAGGUAUGUUUACGACCUUAGAAGAAAAAAUAGGUUCAUGGUGGGAAGAUUGCCUUAAAGAUGAAAUGGCUAAGGCUGCAGCUGAGGAACGCCGCCUUGCUGUGGAGCGUGGCGACUUUCAUGAAGGAGUGCCAGCUAUUACUGUUGUAUGUGAUGGCGGUUGGAGUAAGAGGACACAUAAACAUUCUUAUAAUGCUUUUGGUGGGGUAGGUGUUAUAUUUGGUGCAGCUACCCAAAAACUGUUGUACAUGGGAGUAAGGAAUAAACAGUGUGUGAUUUGUAAUAAAGCCGAAAGUGAAAACAAAACUCCUAAAUUGCACAACUGUUAUAAGAACUGGAAUGAAAGCUCCCAAGCAAUGGAAGCUGAUAUAAUUUUGUGUGGUUUUCUUGAAGCCGAAUCAAGUCAUGGAUUGAGGUACACCAGAAUUAUUGCUGAUGGGGACAGCUCUGUGUAUGCACAGCUUCAAGAAAAUGUACCAGUUUGGGGCCGUGACAUUGUUAAAAUGGAAUGUGCUAACCAUACAUGCAAAUGUGUAUGAGGCAAUUUAGAAAAACUUGUAAGUGAGAAACCACACUACAAAGGAAAAGGCAAGUUGUCUAAAGUUAACAGAAUAAGGCUUAGCACUGCAGUCAGAUGUGCA